GAACCGCUAGUCAUUUUGAGCACUUCAGCAGAGUGAUUCGUCGUGACUGCGGGAUGUGAAAAUUUUAAAGUUGACAAAAUAUAGGCUUAAAUUUGACUAGGACAGCAUAGUUUUCUCGCAAAGAAGAUAAGAUUAUUUUGCCUUUAGUUAACUUUAUCUGGUACACAUUUAUGGGAAGGUUAAAUUAUUAAUUAAUUUCGCUGCUUCCAAAAAAAAACCUUGAUCGAUUAACAUCAACUUAAAAGUGAAGUAGGGGUCUGUGAUGAGCAAGCAGCUUUACGCGUGGAGUGCUUAACAAAUUCAAAGAUUAGCUCUUAACUAUUGACCGUGAAAUUUGACCGACCGGAAACCGGAACAAGAUGGCACAAUCGAAACCGAUCAACGAGGUGUUCAGCUACCUUUCGUGGGUGCAUGCAGUAUCUGGGGCCACUGGAAGCGUGAUUGCCAUGUCUGCUUUCUACCCGUUGGAAACCGUACGAUCCCGAUUGCAAUUGGAAUCACCGGAACGUCGUAAGGCCAUCAGCACCUGGGCUGUGCUAAGACAGUUGGUGGAUGAGGAAGGUUUUCGAACCCUGUAUCGGGGCAUCGUACCGGUGCUGGAGAGCUUGUGCAUCUCCAACUUUGUGUACUUUUACACAUUCCACAGUUUGAAAGCUCUGCGGGCAUCUUCCGGUGUGGGUCAGUCGGCAUUAGCCGAUCUCUUGUUGGGCUCGUUGGCCGGAGUAGUCAAUGUGCUAUCCACGACUCCUUUCUGGGUCGUCAACACCCGGCUAAAGAUGAAGGGAUUGGGCCAUCGGGUCAAGGACAACACAGCGCAUUACGAUAAUCUGCUGGACGGAUUGGUCUACAUCUGGCGAACCGAAGGCGUUAAGGGUUUGUGGGCCGGUAUGCUUCCGUCUCUAUUGUUGGUUGUAAAUCCGGCCAUUCAGUUCAUGGCUUACGAGUCUUUGAAGCGUCGCUUGGUAACCGAUUCGAAGAAUGCCUCGGCGGCAACCUUCUUUGCUAUCGGGGCAAUGGCGAAAGCGUUGGCCACCGUCUUGACAUAUCCGCUGCAGCUUAUCCAAACGAAACUACGUCACGGUAACACAGACGAGGGGUUGAAUUUGCCGCCUGGAAUCAACAUGAUCCAGAUGCUUCUGGUCAUUCUAAAGAAGCAGGGUGCUGCCGGUUUGUUCCGGGGCAUGGAAGCCAAGCUGCUGCAAACGGUUCUUACAGCGGCCUUGAUGUUUAUGACCUACGAAAAAAUUGCCCGAUUCGUGACCGGUUUGCUGUUGCGCAACAAGAAGUGAUUGAGAUCGUAUUUUGACAUUGAAAUUUGACUUAGCAAGGGACGGCAUUUUUUUCAAUACGUGUGUUGUUAUAUUUUAAUGGCAAAUUUCCAUGGCAUUUCUAUUGUUUUCUAGUUUAUUCUAGUCUCUGAAAAUUCUUUCAGUAGCACAUUCCAAUUGGUUCUUAGCAUUGUUCCUAUUCUGUAUUAUUUUUUAUUCAAUUCUGGUAGGCAGAAUUUGGUUUCUUAUUUAUAUGUGUACUCUUUAGGUUCAGGCGUUUAAAAGGUGAUUCUAGUGGUUAAGAUGAUAAAAACCAAUGAUUUAGUUUUAGUUGAGCCUUAAGGGAUAUUAAGGUUAUGGUUUGCCUUUGGAUAGGUAAAGGAAAAACAAUCACUUCAAAUAAACUAAUGUGUGUAGAAUGGAAACCAGAACUACAAUAAUAA